AUGGACCCAUCUCUAGAAAUUAGAAAACUUAUGCCCAGUCACGUAAGAGAAUUAUCCAUGAUUUUGGAAACGCACGAUCUGUGGAAGCGGCUUAUGAAAAUCAUACCAAAGACAUUGGAUAAAGGGAAUUUCGAAUGCGAAACAACCGGCACUUACAAAUACAAUUCCGAACACUUCAGGUUGAUUGAAAGCGAAUCGGAGAAGUCCCGUAAAACUUGUACGGAGAUCCUGUUUGACGAAUGGGGUACGUCGGGCCGAAUUCGCCCCACUUUAGGACACUUGCUCUAUUUAUUAACAGCGGCCCGUUUAUUCCGGGCAGCGGAUUAUGUAGCCGAAACCCUGCUCCGCCAGCAGAAACCCAUGCGCCCCGAAACCGGACCGGAAGCCGAAAUUCCCGUUUCACUGAGCGAAGUGAUGAAACGCGGUCGCGCCCAAAGCGACGAAGAAAUCCAGGAAAUCGAAAAAAAACUCAAUGAUAUCGGUUACGUCUCCAACGCAGUGGAUUUGAUCCGUACUCAUUCGGGAAAAACUGUUAAAAAAGUUAAUAAGAUACCGCAUAUUGUUAUCACGCCGGACAACGAGAACGAUGCUCCAAGGUUUGAUGUUCCGGUAGUCGUUGAACAAAAACCUAACGAAGAAGUUUCUGAUAUGAUGAAGUUUUCUAAGAGCUGCAUAGAAAAUAGUGCUGUCGAUUCGAACGUACCGAAUAUUUCUUUGAUAAUUGGAACAAGUGGAGCUCAUUCGAAGGUCGAAGAGAGCUCUGAAAUCGUUAGCGAAAGUACAGAAAUGUCUGAAAGUUCUUACGAAAGCAGUGAGACAAACGCAACUUCCUCUGGAAGCGAUUGUAACCCGGCAUUCAGUCUUAUAAUGAGUAAGAAAACAACCUCAACAGUAUCCGAACAAAAUUUCCUUCCAAAAUUCGACGUUCUCCAGCAAGACACCGAAAAGAUAGAUCAAAAUCAGUUAGUCUCCGAACCGAAUAUACCCGACUUUGACGUCCUCAAAGCAGCAUCGUAUCAAGAACAAACUACCAAUACAAGCUCGAACGAAACGCAUCCAAAAGACUCCACGCAUUUAUGCGCGGAAAACUCCUUCGAAUCGAGCUCGGGCCGCAGCGACAACUUGCCGGAUUUCAGCGCUCUUCGCAUCGACGAUUCCUCCAGAAUUAGCCCGGAAACGUCUUGGUCGAAGACCCGGUCGUGUUCCUCGCCUUUGCCGAACCUUUCUUUGGACACUAUGUUGCCGCAUUACAACUACUUGGACAUCGAAAAGGCCUCGAAUAACUUUAACACGGAGCGAUAUGCGGGGAACGAUUUCGAAGGCAGGCUGUUGGGCAAAGGGGAAUUCGGGACGGUUUUCCUAGCUUUUGAUUUGAUGAAAAUUCCGGUGGCUGUGAAAAAAUUGGAAAUCGGGGACGUGGAAAUUGUAAAUGUCGACGAUGAAGUUACCAAACAAUUCAGAAACGAAGUGGAAUUAUUGAGUAAAUAUAGACACGAGAAUUUGUUAUCGAUAUUGGGGUAUUCCUGCGAUGGUUGUACGUAUUGUUUGCUGUACGAAUACGCUCCUGGUGGAGCAUUGAAGGAUAAAUUGCAGGAUAAAACUAGUCCUUUAACGUGGAAGGAAAGAUUCCUCAUCGCCUUGGGUACAUCAAAGGCCAUCUCCUAUUUACAUACGGCGUUUUCUUCACCACUGAUUCACAGAGAUAUCAAAUCCGCCAAUAUUCUACUCGACUCCCAGAACCAACCAAAGUUGGGCGAUUUCGGUUUGAUCAAAUUAAUACCGAAUCAAAACAUCAACACAUCUACCACUGUAUUCGGAACCUCCGCUUACAUGCCACGAGAGGCUUUCGCUGGAGAUAUAUCUGUUAAAUUAGACACUUUCAGUUUCGGCGUUGUUUUGCUCGAGUUGCUGACUUCGUUACCUCCUUUAGAUUGUAACAGAGAGGGCGCUGAUUUGGUGACCCAUUUAGGCGAGACGAUUGAAAACGAUGAUGUAACGGAGGUGGUGGAUUUCGGGGCCGGUUCUUGGACGGAAAACGACAAGAACUACUCAGAAAUGUUGUACAAAUUGUCCCAAAAGUGCUUGGAAGAGAAGAAAAAGCGACCGACCAUGCCCGAAGUCACCUCAGAACUAGUCGACAUGAUCAAGAAUUUCCAUUCGACAUGA